CGUCAAUCCUAUACGCCUGCUGACAUGCCUCAACGAAUCAUUCGAGAAGAAUUCGCACUGAAGAGUCCAUCGAAGAUAGCAAAAGUGUUCCGACUUUCCCCGUUCGCCGCAUCAAAUUUCACCUGUAAACGCCCAACGGCAUAUUUCUUCGCGCGUAAACGCACAGAACGCCAAGUACCAACGUCCGUCGAUGUUCAAUUUUCUUCGGCAAGGCCUCCGCGACCAAGUGUACUUGAUCCUUAUUACCAUAAAAUAAGGCACGUCAUGCUGCCUUACUUGGACUCUGUGAACUUGAACUAAGGCCGCUGCUACUUAGUGCCAUGUUUUUCGGAGAUAAAUCCUCGAAUAUUAAUAAAUAGCGUGGGAACCUACUGCACUGAUAUACUUAGUUCGUUAGGCUAAUAAGUGAAUAAUUGUGGUGUAUAUAGAGACAAAAGUGGGCCGUGUGAAGUGAAAUUAUGAACGAGUGUGUUGAGGGAGUCUGUGAGAUCGAAGAGUUCCAUGGAUUAAAUCAGCAGAAUUGAAAAGAUUGGCCAUGAAGGGUUGGUUUGAUGCCUUUCGAUGUGAUGGCGGCCCCACCCUUUAUAAUUUCAACAACAGGACAGCAGUGACCGGUGACGUCACCACGAUCACGUUCCUAGCUAUAUUCACGACACUGUAUCUUGCAUUCCUGAUUAUAUUUUUUGGAAUAAGGAAAGAAAAAUGUUCGACUUUUUGUGCUGUGACCUUGAGUCUCUUCAUAGGAGCCACCAUAUUAAUUACUGUAUACGGAUCAGCAUGGCAUGUAUCCAAGACGCCAGCAGUGAUCACGUACAGGGCUUUUUCAAAAGAAAAGGUGAUAGCUGACAUUGGUGUCUACGUAGGACUAAAGCAUGUAAAUAUAACAUUGCAAGCAUCGAAUAGUAAUUGGACGACUGAUAUAGAUUUUAACGAACGAUUUUUAUGGAUAGACUCACACCAGAUGGGCAAUAGUUUCAAGGAAGCCCUGAUAAGAGGACUACCCUUCCCAAUUUUAACCAUUGCAGAAUAUUUCACCGUUGGACAAGAAGGACUGGCCUGGGGUGGGCAGUAUAGAGCUGCCGGUUAUUUUGCAAUUAUUAUGUUGUGGACCUCGUUUGCGAUAUGGAUGCUCAUGAACCUGAUGUUGAUAGUGGUGCCACGAUAUGGGGCGCUGUUGAUGACGCUUUGUGGAUUCUUGUUGCUGUCUACGGUAUGCGGUUACUUCGGAAUGCUGCCAGAAACACCUUUAGUCAUACACGUGGAAGGAGCCGUCUUGAAUUUCGAAUUCGGGUGGUGUUAUUGGCUCGUCCUUAUUGCAGGUGGUAUUUGUUUAUUGGCUGGUGUGAUAAUCACUGCUGUGGAAAUCAUCAACCCUCACAGCUUCAUGACGAUACUCGAAGUUGACUACGAUACGCCCUAUGAUAGGCAUAUUAUCAUAGAAGACAGUCGUGGAAAGCGAUUCCAGAAGAAGAUUAGUGAGAUCAAGUUGGAUGAGGAACCAAAUCUCGGUACAAAAAUUUUAAGGAGACUGAAUUCGAAAGAUAAUAUGGAGUUGAACGAUAACAAGAGCCCUGAUAUCAGACAGGACAGGCAGUUCCGUUUGGAGGCGAGCCCUUGGAAAUAUCCCUACAAAGUGAAUGAAAAGGGACAUGUCGAGCCAACAACUCCUACAGAAACGUCGUCGAGGUCAUCGAUGUCAGAAUAUCUAUCACCAGUUCAUAGUGAUCGUUUCAGGCAUACUAGUCAUCGUCAAUCAGAUAGAAUUCAACCAUCGGUGUCAAUGUGGUAGAAAACUUCAACGAGUUAGGACUAAAAAUUCAACCUGAAGUAUUUCAAGUCGUCUGGUAUUCCGCUUCAAUAAGAUGGACCCUUCCUUCGAGAAUGGAGGGUAUCGAUGGUUAUGUUGGCAGAUGAUGCAAAGAAACUCGAGAAUAGUGCAAUGUAUUGAGUGAUCUUAUUGUGAUAAUUAUUGAAAAUCAUGUGAAUGGCCAUAUUUAUAAUGUAGCUUGUAAAAUUAUUUUAAAUUAUUUAUGAACGAAUAAAAAAG